AUGGAGGUUGUGAGCGCCGCACACGGUGCGUUUGGUCCUCUGCUGGAGAAGCUCACCACCCUGCUCGUCGACGAGUAUGCUAGGCUCAAAGGGGUCCGCCGCGAGAUCCGUUCCCUCAGAUCAGAGCUCAGAAGCAUGCAUGCUGCACUCAAAGAGUACACCAAGCAAGAAGACCCAAAUGACCAAGUGAAGACAUGGAUAUCGCUGGUCAGGGAGUUGGCCUAUGACACCGAGGAUGCCUUGGACAAGUUCGUCCACCAUUUUGGCAAUGGAAGUCGAAGGCACCACGGCGAUUUCAGGAAGCUCUUCCGGAAGUUUGUCAUCUCAAGACGCUUGGGUCUCGCCGUGGAAUUGAGCACCAGAUUGACGACCUCAAGGACCGCAUCAAGCAAGUGA